AUGACUCGGAACCCAUUCAUGGUAGACUCCUCUCCUCAGAGGUUGACCAGAUUCCACACCAACAAUAGCACAGAUGAAUUAUAUGAUUCUCAAAGUUUCCAGGGGCUACCGCAAUCACCCUCCAGAGCAGCUUUGAGAUACUCUCCUGAAAGACGUAACAGACAGCAGUUUUACCGUGAUUCUAAUCACAACUCUCCAGCAGUUGAUAGAUACACUUCAAAUUUACAACAAUCACCUCAUAGGCCGACGGAAACAGUCAUUCCAAUGAGGCCAUAUGAGAAUACUUAUAUGUCGCCAACAAGAUUCCCUUCUCAAAGUUCAAAAUAUACCGCUUCUACUGCUACAGCUUUAUCGUUUCAUGACGAGUUCAAGGACAAAGAUGAUGUAUCAAGCUAUGCUUACGACGAUCAAUCCACGAUUUAUACUUCGAACACCUUUAAUGAAACCAAGUUUGAAUUAAACCAUCCUACUCGCCAGCCAUAUGUUCGUCGUGCUAACUCAGAAAUGAAAAAACGUAACCAUGAAGUUCCUCUAGCAAAGUCAAAAGCAAUUUUGAAAUUGGAUAAUCCAAUUCCUAAGGAUUUACUUGAUACUUUGCCAAGAAGGGAUUCCCCAGAAUUCACUGAAAUGAGAUACACCGCUUGUACUGUAGAGCCGGAUGAUUUCUUAGCCGAAGGUUAUGGAUUGAGAUUUGCUGAAAUGAAUCGUGAAUGUCAGAUAGCAAUCUGUAUUACAAUGUACAAUGAAGACAAAUUCGCUCUUGCUAGAACCAUUCAUUCAAUCAUGAAAAAUGUUGCACAUCUAUGUAGCAGAGAGAGAUCGUCAGUUUGGGGACCUAAUGGUUGGAAGAAAGUUUCGGUCAUAUUGAUCAGUGACGGUCGUGCUAAAGUAAACCAAGGUUCGUUGGAUUAUUUGGCAGCUAUUGGUUUAUACCAGGAGGACAUGGCAAAGGCCUCUGUCAACGGAGAUCCUGUCAAAGCACAUAUCUUCGAAUUGACUACACAGGUUUCCAUAAACGCUGAUCUCGAUUAUGAAUCACAGGGGAUUGUUCCUGUUCAAAUGGUUUUCUGUUUAAAGGAAGAAAACAAAAAGAAAAUUAAUUCGCAUAGAUGGUUGUUCAAUGCAUUCUGCCCGGUAUUGCAACCUAACGUAGUCACAUUAGUGGAUGUUGGUACCCGAUUGAACACAACUGCAGUUUACCAUUUGUGGAAGGUCUUCGACAUGGACUCUAACGUUGCUGGUGCGGCAGGCCAAAUUAAGACAAUGAAGGGUAAAUGGGGUUUGAAACUUCUAAACCCAUUGGUUGCUUCUCAAAAUUUUGAGUACAAAAUUUCGAAUAUCAUGGAUAAACCUUUAGAAAGUGUAUUUGGCUAUAUUACUGUGUUACCUGGUGCACUUUCAGCAUACAGAUAUAGAGCACUGGAAAAUCAUAGUGAUGGUACUGGUCCAUUGAAUUCCUACUUUUUAGGGGAAUCACAAGAAGGUUCAAGUUAUGAUGUAUUCACUGCUAAUAUGUACUUGGCAGAGGAUAGAAUUUUAUGCUGGGAAUUGAUAGCUAAAAGAGAUGCCAAUUGGGUAUUAAAGUAUGUUAAAGAAGCAACCGGUGAAACAGAUGUUCCUGAAGAUAUACCCGAGUUUAUUUCUCAGAGAAGGCGUUGGUUAAACGGUGCUAUGUUUGCAGCCCUUUAUGCUCAUUUGCAUUUCUUUCAAAUAUGGAAAACAAAACACUCAUUUUUAAGAAAAUUCUUCCUGCAUAUUGAGUUUUUCUAUCAAUUUGUGCAAAUGACGUUCUCAUGGUUCUCCAUUGCUAAUUUUGUUCUGACAUUUUACUAUUUAGCUGGUUCUAUGAAUAGAGUUAUCAAGCAUGGAGAGGCAUUGUUCAUAUUCUUUAAAUACCUGAUUUUCUGUGAUCUGGCAAGUUUAUUCAUUAUUUCCAUGGGUAAUAGACCUCAGGGUGCUAAGGUGCUGUUUAUAUUGUCCAUGAUACUUCUUACAAUAUGUGCAGCCUAUUCGUUAAUAUGUGGUUUUGUUUUUGCAAUCAUUGCAUUGAAAUCGCAAUCAGAACCACAUCAUAUCUUCGUGAAUGUAGUCAUUUCAUUACUUUCGACUUAUGGUGCAUACGCAUUUUGUUCAUUCAUGUACUUGGAUCCAUGGCAUGUGUUCAGUUCAUCGAUACAAUACUUCCUAACUCUACCAGCUUUUACUUGCACAUUGCAAAUCUUUGCAUUCUGUAACACACACGAUGUUUCAUGGGGUACAAAGGGUUCUACACAAGAAUCAAAGCAGCUUUCUAAAGCUAUUGUUGUUCAAGGACCUGAUGGCACUCAAAUUGUGGAAACUGAUUGGCCUCAGGAAGUUGACAAGAAAUUCUUGGAGAUAAAGAGCAGAUUGAAAGAAGUCGAGUAUGAGGAUGUUCAUGUUGAUGAAUCGCAGAAGAGAAAUGAUUAUUAUAGGGAUAUCAGAACGCGUAUCGUGAUGAUAUGGAUGCUUUCCAAUUUAAUUCUGAUAAUGUCUAUUAUUCAGGCCUAUCCACCUGAAAGAAUUAACAAUGGAUACCUAAUAUUCAUUUUAUGGUCUGUUGCAGCAUUGGCCGGUUUCAGGGCUGUUGGAUCUAUUUCAUUCCUAUUCAUGAAAUAUUUGCGUAUGGGUGUUAAAUAUAUGCAUAAGAGACAGCGUGGUACCGCUAAAGGUGUCCAUAUGAAAGCACCAAAAAUCAAUAUUUUCAACAAGGAAGGUAGCACCUGA